CGAUCCCUCAACUUCACCAACCCGCGAGGAGGCGAACAGCAGACACCAUGCCCGCUCCGACAGCUCUGCAAAGGGCACCUGAUGCUCUUGCGAUAGAAGAGGCGACACAUGAACAGCCACAGGUCGAUGCGGAGGAUGCAGUGGAUAUUCUCACAGCCAUCCAAGAGCCAUCAUCCGACAUCCAACACCAACUCGCACCUGGCACGGGCGCAGAAUCGAUGGAUGUCGAUGGCGACGCCGAAGGCACUUCAGGAAACCCACUCUUCGCGCCCGAAAAAGCCUCACAAGCAGCCCAUCGAACGGAGGAGCGCAAAAUUCGAAUUCCACCACAUCGCAUGACGCCCCUCAAGAACAGCUGGCCCAAGAUCUACCCGCCGUUAGUGGAACAUCUGAAGCUGCAAGUGCGCAUGAAUCUGGCCAAGAAAGCGGUGGAAAUACGAACGAGCAAAUACACCACUUCCACCGACGCCAUCCAAAAGGGUGCAGACUUCAUCACCGCCUUCACCUUGGGCUUUGACUUGGACGAUGCGAUUGCUCUGCUCCGGCUGGAUGACUUGUACAUUCAGAGCUUCGAGAUCAAAGACGUGAAGACUCUGUCGGGAGAGCAUCUCAGUCGAGCAGUGGGACGGAUAGCUGGAAAGGAUGGGAAGACCAAGUUUGCCAUCGAGAACGCAAGCCGCACGCGGAUUGUGUUGGCCGACCAAAAAGUGCAUAUUCUGGGAGGCUUCAAGAACAUUCAUGUCGCAAGGGAGGCGGUGGUGAGCUUGAUCCUGGGUAGCCCGCCUGGCAAGGUGUAUGGAAAUUUGCGCACGGUUGGGGCGAGGAUGAAGGAACGCUUCUGAUGCGGGGUGUGUGCACGGGUUUUGGGUGAAUUAGCGUGGUGUAUGGAGUUAUCAUAUUGUUAUGUUGCCAUAGGCUGCGUUCAAACGAGGUUGCCGUUAGUUUCCGCCAGAUAAUGGUAUCUGCUGUGUUAAUGUCACGUGCUCCCCUGGUCCACGCCAUAUCACGGUCACGUGAGGUGGGGGGAGCCCAAGAG